AUUCUCAGCGGCCUUCGAUCAUUUCUCGCCCUCUCCACCACCUCAUCUCCCCGCCUCUCCCCCACAACUCUCCUUUUCCUUUUCACCAUUAUUUCCCUCAAUUUAUCCUGCCUUGGGGUCACCAAGCUAUGGAUUCUACUAGCAUGGUGAUCCCAUCUACCUCCGAACCCUCGACCGCGAUGGCCUUCACCAAUGGUCAUCCGGCCUCGCCUGCCUCCGACACUGGCAGCUUUAGGAACGAGGCCUUAGCUAGUGACAGCGGCAGCAAUAUGUUUGAUUCUGUUGACAAUCACGUCGUUUCCGACUCCUCACCAGAUGGAGACGGCGCGGACGAGUCGUAUAACGCCGGCUCCCCCGAUGUGGAGGGGUAUGAGGAUGAAUCUGCGAUUGAGGACAACGUGAAGGACAGUAGCCAGUCCAGUAGCGAAAAUUCUUCAUCACCAGAAACCAACCGAGGGACGAAACGGAAAUCACCCUCGGUCAACGAAUCCGACUAUAUCAGACAGAAUCCAGACCUGUACGGACUUCGCCGUAGUGGACGAGCUCGCACGACACGCCAGGUAGCCCAAUCUCUUUCAGACUCUGAUUCCGAUGCAGUGGCACCUCGCUCAAAGCGUCGGCGUCCUGUAGCCUCCCAACAACCCUCUAAGCGCCCCUCCCGUUCCGCUACCCGGUCCUCAUUCUCAGAAGAAUCAGAGAGUUCUGAAUCCGAAUAUGGUGGCGGACGUGCUCGCUCCGGCAAGUCGAAACGUCGACGACUGCAGGCAGCGGCAAACAUACCUUCCCAUGCCGAGGUUCGCUUCUCGACAAGAAACGCUGCUAGGGUGUCCACCUAUAAUGAGGACGAUGAUGACUCAAUGUUUGAGGAUGACCCGGAUGACCAAAUGCAGAAUUACUGGGUGAGCACAGUGGAGGAUGAUCGUCCUGCUGUGGACGUUGUGCUCAACCAUCGUCUCAAAGCAGAUGUAGACUCUAGUAAUACCGAUCUCGAUCGUCAUGACUUCGAGUUCUACAUAAAGUGGCAAGGCAAAUCCCAUUACCAUGCAACAUGGGAAACAGCCGAGUCUCUUGCAAACUGUCGCAGCACCCGCCGGCUUGACAAUUACAUCCGAAAGGUCCUGUAUGAAGACAUUCGUUUGAAGCAAGACGAGGAUGUAGCUCCCGAAGACCGGGAAAAGUGGAACCUUGAUCGCGAAAGAGACGUAGAUGCCAUUGAGGACUACAAGCAGGUUGAACGAGUCAUUGCUAUGCGAGAGGGCGACGAGGGAACUGAGUACCUCGUGAAAUGGAAACGCCUUUUCUACGACUCGUGUACGUGGGAAAGCGAGGAGCUUGUUAGUGACAUCGCUCAGCGCGAGAUAGAUCGCUUCUUAAAUCGUUACUCUCGGCCUCCGGUCUCCGAUAAGUCAGAGUCCAACCCUGCUAGCCGAAAGUCAUUCGAAGCCAUAAAGGGCACCCCAACCUUCUUGCGCAACGGCGAGUUGAAGGAAUUUCAAGUCAAAGGCCUCAAUUUCAUGGCCUUCAACUGGGUCAAGAACCGCAAUGUCGUUCUUGCCGACGAAAUGGGCUUGGGUAAAACUGUACAGACCGUGUCCUUCAUCAAUUGGCUACGUCAUGUUAGACGUCAACAAGGCCCUUUUGUGGUCGUCGUCCCCCUAUCUACCAUGCCAUCCUGGGCAGAGACGUUCGAUAACUGGACUCCCGACUUGAAUUAUGUUGUCUAUAAUGGCAAUGAGGCUGCCCGGACGGUUUUACGAGAGCACGAGCUCAUGAUCGAUGGGAACCCUCGGCGGCCAAAGUUCAACGUCCUCCUGACGACCUAUGAAUAUGUUUUACUAGAUUCUUCUUUCUUGAGCCAGUUCAAAUGGCAAUUUAUGGCUAUUGACGAAGCACACCGACUAAAGAAUCGUGAAUCUCAGCUGUAUGCAAAGCUCCUUGAGUUUAGGGCUCCUGCCCGGCUCCUUAUCACGGGUACUCCUAUCCAGAACAACCUCGCAGAACUCUCUGCCCUUCUGGACUUCUUAAAUCCUGGCUUGGUUGACAUUGAUGUGGACAUGGAUCUGAACGCGGAGGCUGCCUCACACAAGCUCGCGGAGCUGACGAAAGCCAUACAACCUUUUAUGCUUCGGCGAACGAAAUCUAAGGUGGAAUCAGAUUUGCCUCCCAAAGUGGAAAAGAUCAUUCGAGUAGAGCUGUCAGACGUUCAGUUGGAGUAUUACAAGAACAUUCUUACUAAGAAUUAUGCUGCGCUAAACGAGGGCACCAAGGGCCAAAAACAAUCUCUCUUGAACAUUAUGAUGGAGCUGAAGAAAGCCAGUAAUCAUCCAUUCAUGUUUCCGAAUGCCGAAGCGAAGAUCUUAGAAGGCAGUACUCGCCGCGAAGACGUGUUGAGAGCUAUGAUCACCAGCAGUGGUAAGAUGAUGCUUCUUGACCAACUUCUGGCAAAGUUAAAACGUGACGGUCACCGCGUUCUAAUUUUCAGCCAAAUGGUUAAGAUGCUUGACCUCCUUGGCGAGUAUAUGGAGUUCCGUGGCUAUACAUAUCAACGGCUUGAUGGAACGAUUCCAGCGGCUUCUCGUCGCCUGGCCAUUGAGCAUUACAAUGCUCCUGGUAGUAGUGAUUUUGCCUUUAUCCUCUCUACCCGAGCAGGUGGUCUCGGAAUCAAUCUCAUGACUGCUGAUACGGUUAUUUUGUUCGACUCAGAUUGGAAUCCCCAGGCUGAUCUCCAGGCCAUGGCAAGAGCGCAUCGUAUUGGACAGACAAAGCCGGUUAGCGUGUAUCGUCUAGUCUCCAAGGACACAGUAGAAGAGGAAGUGAUUGAGAGAGCCCGAAACAAGCUUCUCUUAGAAUUCAUUACCAUUCAACGUGGCGUCACCGACAAGGAGGCCUCAGAGAUUCAAAACAAGAUGGCCCGUAAUGGGAUAUCUAUCAGUGAACCGAACUCGACUGAUGAUAUCUCGCGCAUUCUCAAGCGUCGUGGCCAGAAGAUGUUUGAGCAAACCGGUAAUCAGGAGAAAUUAGAGCAGCUCGACAUCGACUCGGUGCUCGCAAACGCCGAACUGCACCAGACUGAACAAGCCGAUGAUAUCCAGGCCGAUGGCGGUGAGGAAUUCCUAAAGGCUUUUGACUACGUUGACAUCAAAGUUGAUGAUCUUACUUGGGAUGAUAUUAUCCCCAAGGAGCAGUUGGAGGAGAUCAAAGCAGAGGAGAAAAAGAAAGCCGAUGAGCGCUACCUAGCUGAAGUUAUCGAGCAAAACCGGCCUCGUAAGCGUAAUGUGCCUGGUGAUGAACGGGAUUCUCGCGAAGAACGGAAAGCGAAGAGACAAGCGAGGGCCCAAGUCGCCAUUGACGACGGAGAUGAAUCUGAUGCAAACCCACAGUUGGAUCCCAAACGACCACUUAUUGAGAAGGAAUAUCGUCACCUGUUACGUGCCUUUUUGCGUUAUGGCGAUAUUGAUGAUCGUGAAGAGGAUGUCAUUCGCGAGGCGCGUCUUCUAGAACGUGACAGGGAAACCGUCAAGACCUCCCUUCGUGAGAUCACACAAAAGGCUGCCUCUCUUGUUCGUGAGGAUAUUGAGAAGAUGGAGGCUCUGGAAAAUGCCGGCAAAAUGCCUACGAAGAAGGAGAAAAAAGCCGUUCUAUUUGAUCUACAUGGUGUUAAGCGUCUCAAUGCAUACACCAUUGUUGAACGCCCUACUGAGAUGCGCAUUCUGAAGGAAGCGACAAGCGCGGUGUCUGAUUUCAAGAACUUUCGGAUACCCGAGGCUACUAAAGCGGCUGACUACUCCUGCCCAUGGGGUGCCCGAGAAGAUGGGAUGCUCUGCAUUGGUAUCACGCGUCACGGCUAUGGUGCCUGGGCCCAGAUCCGAGAUGAUCCUGAUCUUGCCCUCGGGGACAAAUUCUUCCUUGAGGAGCAUCGAGUUGAACGAAAGAACGAGCGCUUAAAUGCCGAAGAUAAAUCUACUAAAUCUCCAGGCGCUGUUCACCUCGUGCGCCGCGCGGACUAUUUGUUAUCCGUUCUCAAAGACAAAGCCACCAAUGGAGCAAGUCUCAAUGCCAAGAGGGCUGUUGACAAUCAUCACCGUAACAACCGUAAAGGUUCUCGUCCCCAUGCCAGCGCCAGCGUUUCAGCUUCGCCAGCACCUUCAAUCUCUCGCAAGGGCCAUCGUGAAGUGGAUCGAUCAAGGCACCGUUCUCAUACCCAUGGGGCUCGAGAUAGCGUUGAACGCCAUCACACCCCGGGCUAUGACUCCCGACCAAGGUCUAUACAUGAGAGCGAACGUGCCCGCAAUAGAACGUCCGACGCCUCGAGUGAGGAUGUUCGUCGCCGGAAAAAUAGCGAGAACGGUUAUUCUGCAGGAAAGGAGGACGUCGCACGCCUCUUCUUCAAGCCCAUCCGUGACGAUUUGAGGAAAGUGUCAGCAGUUACGAAGGAGAAUUUCCCGCAAAAAGCAGAGCGUGCCUCUGAGUUACGGCGUCUCCUUCGUAAGAUCGGUGAUUUUAUAGAUGGUACUUUGAAGGGACAAGAUUCUAUGCAUUCCUUAGAGACUCGGUUAUGGCAUUUUGUUGCGGAUAACCAUUGGCCUAACAAAGAAGCUGGAGGAGCCAAACUCCAAGAAAUGUAUCGAAAAUUGAUGGCUGCUCAGAAAGCUGCAGCUGUCGUCGCCCCAGCGUCCAAUGGAGUCUAGACUUGGUGGUGCUUGUUCUGUGCAGUCAGCCGGCACAAAAAAAAAAAAAAAGAUCAGUCACUUUGAUUCUGUGAUGUGUUUGUUUUGAUUUUCUUUCUUCAUCCGCGGUAAAUAUGCAUCAUUGGGAAAGCAUGGCGACGGCGUCUGGUAUGAUAUAUGAAGGAGUGUUGAGCAUGAGUGGACCUGAUAUGAUGUUCCAUGAUAUAUUCUGGCUUUUAUGUUUCACAUUUAUUCCUGUCCUGCAAUUGGAGCAAUGGGCCUGUUAUGUUCGCAUAUCUGUUUCCUUAGCCUGGUCCCCCUUUUCGUGGAGUGACAGCUUUGAUUCUUAUUAGCUUUUCGUUUCCGUCUCUUUUCGUUGUAUUCCACAACACCCCCCUUCUCGGUGAUGGGCCCUGCGGUUAUGGUGUUCUCAUCGUUUCAUGUAUCUUAUUGGCGGUGCUAUUCCGGAGUUUGAUUUCUGCUUUGGAUCAUUUAUCUCUUCUGGGAGACGUAUUAAGAUAUCAUUAGAAGUUUCGUCUUAUCUCUUUUUUACUUACUCGAGGUCGUGAUCGAAAAUAUCGGCGGCUUUGAAUCUAUGCAUAACCCUUUCGUCAUCUAUGUUAACAAAAAAAAAAACAAGAUUCAACAUUCC